AACAAAAAUCUCGGCGGCGGUGGCGGUGAGGAGUCAUCUGCUUGCUGUGGAAGGGGGAAACAGCGCGGCGUCCUUCACGUACUUCCGGGGGAAACGACGACCUCAAGCAACCCACGUGUGCGCUAUCACGUGACAGCCGCACCCCGAGCGCAGCACAGUCAGCAGCGUUGUAUCCCCGCCGUGCCGACCAUAGAGAUCAUCCUGACUCGUUAAAGCAGUAGCAGUACAACCACAAGCGUGCUGGGCGGGAGCUUGCUCGGAAAGUGUCUGCGUCCGUACACCAUGGGUGCACAACCACAACCAGGGGAGGUACCGCCGGCGUCGUCAUUCGUCAAGCCCUGCAAGAAAGGAACGCUUAGUAAGAUUGUCGGUCGCCGCUGGCUGUUCCUGCCGCUGUGGAAGGAGCGGUACUGCGUCCUCGACGACAACAAACUCUACUACUACGAAAAUGAGACGAGCAAAGGAACCAACUCCAACUGCGGCGUCAUCCAUCUGGAAAAUUUUGACGUCUGCGAGGAAUACGAGAGCAAAGCAGUUCAAAAUGCAUUCAUCAUCACGACAGCAAAUAGAGGAUUUUUUGAUCCGUGUCACACCUUUGCGGCAGAUACCUUACCCGAAGUAUGCGACUGGAUCGCAAACAUACGUAGCAAGUUGAACCCCACAGUUCAAAAACGCACGUCAUUCAUCCGAAAGUCCCUUAGCAAACGACGGAAAAACCGACAUUCCCUCGAAAAACAGCUGCAAAAUGUUCCCCGGCAGAGCCCAGACCCGGCGCUCGACAUACCGGGCAAGGAGCCCCUGGAGAGCAUCACCAAGAACCGAGCCAAGGGCCCCGCCGGGAGGAGACCGCCCCAGCGGAAGUCGCAGAUGCCAAAGCCUGCAACAGUCGGUGUCCAGGAUCAUGGCCGUUCUGAAGUGCCUGUGCUGGCGGUACGAGAGGUCUUCGAAGAGGAAGAAGAAGAGACGGCAGACUCUGCCCUCAGAGACGAGACUGACAGGCCGCGGCCAACCUCCACCCUGCUCUACCAGUACAGUUCGUCAAGUGACGAGGACGACCAGAAGGAAACAGACGUAAACAAAUCCGUCUCUGAAGCCAUCCCCGAAGCCGCAGGCCAAGCCAAAGAAACUGAGUCUCACGACAAGCCAUCGAGCCCCGUUGCUGGGAAUGUUGACGAAGUGCAGGAGCGGAUGAACAAGCUCAGGGAACAGCUGUGCUCGCACAUAGACGACGCAACGAUGCAGUCGCUGCUGAAGCAACUGGACUACUGUGAACUUGAGCUGCAGACUGCGGUGCAGACGGUUCAUGAAGUUCUCAACGAAGCCGCCGCGGCAGUUCUAGCGAAGACCAAGCAGGCCGAAACCGAAGAGCCGACGCCCGCUUAGUCUUCGAAAGCUUCGGCCGUGCACAAUGCAAUAGAAAAUGGUGAUGCGCCAGCGAGAGCGAGUCGUCCCACGAAGUGCCCCUUCACUAGUCCUCCAACGUGCCAAGCCGUCUCCUCGUACGAGAGACGCCUUGGUGUCGACGACGAUCGCCGGCGCGGACGCUGCACCAAGCCCGCAAGAGUUGCAACGUCGACGGCGGUCAGCACUCUCAGAGGUUUAUUUAUAAAUAAAGGCAUCUGCGCCAGAUA